AUGUCCGCGCGGCGGCCGGCCAGGGCCCAGCACGCGACGGCGACGGCCACGACGGUCACGCCGCGGAUCCUUAACCUGGCGAGGAGGUCGUCGGCGGCGGGCGGGAGGCCGAGCCGGAGCGCGGCCCGGCCGCAGCAGCCCCGCCCGGCGCCCAAGGUGGUCAACCUCGGCGCGCUGUUCGAGAUGGAGCGCCGCGUGCGCGGGCUGGAGUCGGCGCCGGCGUCGCCGCCCUGCUCCCACGGGCCCGCCGCGCGGCCGCGGGAGGACGCCGCGGAGCAGGAGGGGAAGUGGCGGUUCCAGGCGGAGAUCCUCCGCGCCGAGUGCAACUUCCUCCGGAUGGAGCGCGAGGUCGCCCUCCGCAAGCUCGACUGCCACCGCGGCCAGAUGGAGGCCGCCCUCAAGACCGCCGUCGAGACGCUCGCCUCGGGGAGGAAGAAGAUAGACGCAAGUGGCGAGGUCGGCGUGGCGGCGGCGUUGGAGGAAGGGAUCGAGGACCUGGAGGAGAUGAUGCAGGAACUCCGGGUGGAGAAGGAGAGCGGGAGGAGGGCGAUGAGCGGCAUGCGGGAGCUGCGGCGGAGCCACGGCCGGAACUUCGAUCGGCAAGCAUCCUCGCUCCGCCGGCGCCUCGAGAGGAUGCCACCAGCCGACGCCGAGCCCACUAUCAAGGACAUCCGCGAGAUCGCGCGCCCGCUCUCCCCACCGCCGCCUCCGCCUGCCGAGGACGACGACGGCGAUGACCACGUCCCCAGCGCCAAUCUGUCAGAUGUGGAGAUGCUUCGGGUGAAGAUGGAGGGGAUGUCGAAGGGCAUGCGCGACAGGAUGGCGGAGUACAGCCGGCGGCUGGAAGCCGUCGCGGGCGGCGGCGACAACUCCGGCUGCCAGUCCAGGAAAUGCGGCAGCCGGCACAGCCGUAAGGCGAGCGCGUGCAGCCAGAGGAGCUGGAGCGGCAGCAGCAACGCGAGCAACGGCAGCAAUGCGGCGGCGUUCCGGCAGAACGCCUGGCACGGCGCCAGCGUGGCCUCCGAGAAGCAUCAACACCCGCAGAAGAUUGUGGCUGAAGACUGCAAGUUGGUGCGCUCUGGAAGCUGCUGCGACUGCAAGGAGAUUGUGGGGAAGAUAAUGAAGCAAGUGAGAGCGGAAUCGGAGCAAUGGACUGAGAUGCAGGACAUGCUGGAGCAGGUCAGGCUGGAGAUGCAGGAGCUGCAGUCUUCCAGGGAUACAUGGCAGCGCCGUGCCAUUGCGUCUGACAUCAGUCUUGGUUCCUUGAAUUCUGAGAUGCUGGAGUGGAAACAACGCGCGCAGGCGUCGGAACAGCAUGCUGAAGAGCUCCAGAAGAAGGUCUCGGAGCUCCAAGGCAAGCUGCACACCUUCAAAUCCCAUUUCCCCACCCCAAACCUGCCCAGCCGGGCAUGGUCUGAGGCUUGCAGGAUGGAGAACCCGCGGGCAGCCAGGGCUCAGCACCACCACCGGCCACCGCAGCAGCAGCAGCAGCAGCAGCAGGACGGCGGCAAGGAGAAGGAGAAGCACGUGCUCAUCUGCCGCGUGAAGCACUCGCCCAGCGUGGUCCCGAGGCGCUCGCCGCUGCAGGACAUCGGCAACAUCGCCUUGCCGCGGCGGCAGCGGUGA